UCUGACAAUAAUAAACAUAACCUAUAAUUUUCUGCAUAUCGCGAAUAGUGAACGUUUAUGUUGUGGUUUACCGUAGUGUAAAAAAAAGAUAAAGAAAAAUGUCUUUAGCCGAUGAAUUAUUAGCGGAUUUGGAGGAAAAUGAUCAGGAUGAAUUUGGAGAUGCCAUGGAAACAGAGGAAGAAGAGCCCGAAAAAGAGGAAAAACCUGACAUUAUAAAAGAUCUUAUGGAAGUGGAUACCGCACAAGUAACGUCAGUACGAGAAUUAUGUAAAUUAAGAGAUUCCCAUAAAUUGAGAGAUAUUAUGAGACAGAUUGACAGCUAUGGUACGAAAGUUAGGAAAGCUGCAGAAAUUAUAGGACCUGUUGAAGCAGAUCCCGAAUACCAGCUAAUCGUAGAAGCCAACAACAUUGCUCAGGACGUAGAUAAUGAAAUAGUUGCUGUUCAUAAAUUUGUCAGAGAUAAAUACCAAAAAAGAUUUCCUGAAUUGGAGUCACUAGUCGUUAGUCCUUUAGAAUAUGUGAGAACAGUUAAAGAACUAGGAAAUGAUUUAGAUCAGGCCAAGAAUAAUGAAAUAUUACAACAGUUUCUCACACAAGCUACUAUUAUGGUUGUAUCAGUAACUGCUUCUACAACCCAGGGGACCAUGCUGACAAAAUUUGAAAAAGAGCAAAUUGACGAAGGUUGUGACAUGGCAAUGGAAUUAAAUAACUUUAAAUUAAAGAUAUAUGAAUAUGUAGAAAGUCGCAUGGCAUUUAUAGCACCAAACAUAUCAGUUAUUCUUGGUGCUUCUAUAGCAGCUAAGUUGAUGGGAGUAGCAGGAGGAUUAACAAGAUUAUCUAAAAUACCAGCAUGCAAUGUAUUACUUCUUGGUCAACAGAAGAAAUCAUUAUCAGGAUUUUCACAGACGACCAUGUUGCCGCACACAGGAUUUGUCUAUUAUUCUGAGAUAGUACAAAAUACUCCUCCGGAUUUGAGAAGAAAAGCUGCAAGACUUGUGGCAACAAAAUGCACCCUUGCUGCAAGAGUAGAUGCUUGCCACGAAAGCGCCGAUGGAAGAAUUGGUAGAAUGCUUAGAGACGAAAUAGAACGUAAAUUGGACAAGCUACAAGAACCGCCACCAGUUAAAUUUGUUAAGCCUUUACCUAAACCUAUAGAUCAGCCCAAGAAGAAAAGAGGUGGUAAACGAGUUAGGAAAAUGAAGGAAAGAUAUGCUAUGACUGAAUUUAGAAAACAAGCCAACAGAAUGAAUUUUGCAGAUAUUGAAGAUGAUGCCUAUCAAGAGGAUUUAGGCUAUUCAAGAGGCACCAUAGGAAAAGCUGGUACAGGCAGAAUUCGAUUGCCUCAAGUUGAUGAAAAAACUAAAGUUAGGAUAUCGAAAACUUUACAGAAAAACCUCCAGAAGCAACAAAUUUGGGGAGGUAGUACAACAGUGAAAAAGCAAAUAUCUGGAACUGCUUCUAGUGUGGCUUUCACACCACUUCAGGGUUUGGAGAUAGUAAAUCCACAAGCUGCCGAAGUGAAGGUGAACGAAGCCAACGCAAAGUAUUUCUCAAAUACUUCAGGAUUUUUAAAGUUGGAUAAAAAAUAAGGUUUUUGAAAAUGUAGAACUUUCUUAAUCUUUAUUGUCGAAAAAAAACAAAUUAAAUGACAAAAAAAUUAAAGAAAAUCUUGUUCAUUGUGGAUGUUGUAGAGCAAAUUGUAUCAUCCCUAAAGUUACUUUAGAGUGACAAAAAAUAUUUGUAACAGAAUAUAGUACAUAAAUAAAAUUUAUUUAAAAUAACAUAAAUAAUAAAUUCAA